AUGUCAACAACAUCUGGCGCCUUCGUUGCCGGCGGCAUAGCCGCGUGCGGCGCCGUGACGGCCACGCAUCCCUUUGAGACGGUCAAGAUCCGCAUGCAGCUCCAGGGCGAGCUGCAGGCCAAGGGCCACCAGCCGCACCACUACCGCGGCCCGCUGCACGGCGUGUCCGUCAUUGUGCGCAACGAGGGCCUGCGCGGCAUCUACCGCGGUCUCGGCUGCGCCUACAUCUACCAGGUGCUGCUCAACGGCUGCCGCCUCGGCUUCUACGAGCCCAUGCGCCAGGGCCUGACGGGCGUGCUGUACGGCAACAACUCCGUGCAGAGCCUGCCCAUCAACAUGUUUUGCGGCGCCGGCUCGGGCAUCAUCGGCGCGGCCGCCGGCAGCCCCUUUUUCCUGGUGAAGACGCGCCUGCAGAGCUACUCGCCGCUGCUGCCCGUGGGCACGCAGCACGAGUACCGCAACGCCUGGGACGGCAUGAAGCAGAUCUACCGCGCCGAGGGCCUGCUGGGCCUGUACCGCGGCGUGGGCGCGGCGUGCAUCCGCACAGGAUUCGGCAGCUCCGUGCAGCUGCCGACGUACUUUUUCGCCAAGCGGCGGCUGCAGCACCACCUGGGCGUCCAGGAGGGCCCCGCGCUGCACCUGGCGAGCAGCACGGCGAGCGGGUUUGUGGUGUGCGUCUUCAUGCACCCGCCAGACACCAUCAUGUCGCGCAUGUACAACCAAAACGGCAACCUGUACAAGGGCGUGUUUGACUGCCUGGCCAAGACGAUCAAGACGGAGGGCUUCUUUGCCAUCUACAAGGGCUUCCUGCCGCACCUGGCGCGGAUAUUGCCGCACACGAUCCUGACGCUGAGCUUGGCAGAGCAGACAAACAAGCUGAUGCGGAAGGUCGAGAACCGGUGGUUCCUGAAGGAGGCAUCAUUAUGA